AUGGCAUCCUUCCUCCCUUCGCUCAACGACGCGUCCCCUUACACAGCCUCCGGCUAUCAGCAACAUGAAGCGGCCGCUCUAUUCUCUAGCAACAGAAGGACGGUGCACUUCCAGGACAUGUCGGACAUGCAAGACUACCAGAACAUUGACCCUAGUCUGUGCGCUACAUUCCCGAAUCUUUCGCAGCACAUGACCUGGAUGUCUGCUAGUCCCCUGUCGCCGCCGUCUAUCUUUUUCUGCGAGAGCGAUGCGUACGAAAGCGACGCCUCGCCGUCCACGCCAGAGGACCUCAAUGGGGCCGCGUCCGUCGCUGUCUUCCCGCAGUCGCGUCAGGGCACUGCUGCCACCGCCUGCAGCAGGCUGUCGCCGCAACCGUUGUCUCUGCUGCAGACCGGCGAUCACCUGGAGUACAUGGAUACGACUCGCUAUGUCAGCCCCAAGGACGUCAGCAGUGCCAAUGCCAUGUUGGCGUCGGUCAUCGAAGCCGAUGGCGGCUAUCGCCACCCGUACUAUUCCGACAUGUAUUCCGACAUGUACGGCUUUGGUACCAACAGCAACGUGCCCCAAUACAACCCCCAGGACGCCGGCCACACCCUCGACGACGAGGUGCAGUCGCUGGCCAGUCAUCUACACCAGCCCUAUAUGUCCUACUCUGCCACAGAAUGCUCGAUCCCACGGACGCUGAGCCCGGAGCCCAUGGAGUCCGUGUACUUCAAAGAGGAAGACGUUGAAGACCGUCGCGACAGCAGCACCAUCUAUGCCCAUGGCGCUGUCGCCACGAGCGAGCGCCAAGACUCGGCCAAGCGCCGGCGUUCGUCCGCAGCUGCCUCGACGAUUGCGGUGGCUAGCGGCUCCAGGCGGCGCCGGAACCACGACGAGACGGCUUAUCCGUCGUCGUCGUCGCUGUCACCGAAGCCGCUGGCCCCGAGCGCAAUCGUCGUGGCUUCAAACGAACCGGCGCCCAGCUGCAAUGUCUUCAGCACGUCCACCAGUCUGCAGGCCAAGCUCAAGGACCACCGGAAGAAGGAGAGCGAGCGGCCCUUUGUCUGCCUCUUUGCCUAUGCCGGCUGCACGUCAGCCUUUGGCAACAAGAACGAGUGGAAGCGCCACGUGAUGGCCCAGCACAUUAUGCUGACGUACUGGCGCUGCGACGACCCCCGUUGUGAGCGCAUGCGCAACAACAUGGGCAGCUGUGCGCGCAACGAAGGCAGCAGCAGCAGCGGCACAGCCUACCACGCGAGCGAGCAGAACAACUCGGGCAUCUUCAAUCGCAAGGACCUGUUCACGCAGCACGUACGGCGCAUGCACAUGUCCGACACGCUCAAGGCCGUCGAGAAGAAGUACAAGAAGGACCAGCAGCAGUGGGAGCAGGCGCAGGCAGCUGCGGGCAAGGCGCUCAAGGGGGGUGGCAGCAGCAGUGGCAGCGCGAAGAGCAAGCGCAAGCGCGCAGCGGCAGGCAGUGAGGCCGAGACCGGCGACGAGACGGCGACGACCGCUCCUCUGCCGUCGCCGAUCCAAGAGCCGGCCGCGCUGCAGCGCUGGAACGAGGACCUGGUCGGGCUGCAGGCCCGGUCUGGCGUCGUGCGCUGCAGCCUGCCGACGGACUUGACCUGUCCCGCGUGCGACGACACGUUCCACGGCGACAAGGCCUGGGCCGAACGCCUCGAACACGUCGCUGGCCACAUGCAGACUGCUCACGAGGCCGGCCGCCGUCCCUGGACCUUUGGCGGCCUGUCCGACCCGACGCUGACGCGCUGGGCCGAGAAGGAUGACGUCCGCAUCGUCCAGCGCAGCGGCACCGACAGCUGGACGCUCAACAAACCACUGCAGCGGGUCGCCGGGGGUGGCAGCACGACGACGCAAGUCGAGAGCGAGGACGACGAUGAUUCCCUUUGA